AUGGGAGGACCUGAUCCAAGAUCAGAUGAAAACAGGCCCUGGUCUGAUUGGUCCUACCUCCUUUUCUCAGGGUUUUUCUGUGGCUUUCCUGGACUGAGUGCCGUAUCGGGCCAAUGCAUCACUGGCUAUCUUUGCCACUCUGGAGCAGUAUCCCCGAAACCAGAAGACGGUGUGACCGGUGAACGGUGUCCCCAAGGUCAUUACUGUCCAGAGGGCUUGGCUGCAGCGCCACGUCCCUGUCCUCUAGGAUAUUACAGCAACACCACCAGGAACACACAACUCUCUGACUGCCUGCCCUGCCCUGCAGGGUUCAUUUGUGCCAGCAGAGGGCUCUCCCUCCCUUCUCAUCUCUGCCCGGCUGGCUCCUACUGCCCAUACAGACACAACUCCAGCCUCCCUGGAUCUAUCACCUGCUCAGCUGGGCAUAUGUGCCCACUUGGCAGUGCCAUCCAGGUUCCCUGUGUGCCAGGGACUUACCAGGAUCAACCUGGGCAGGCAGAGUGUUUUACCUGUCCAGCAGGGUUUUACUGUGCAGGCUCAGUACAUCCUAACACAGAACAGGGGGCGGGAACACACAUGCCAACCCCUUGUCUGAAGGGACACUACUGCCCCCCAGGCACACGGUCUGGUGUGGAGUACCCAUGCCCAGCUGGCACGUUUAGUGGGCAGACCAGCACAUCUAAUAAGAGUGGGUGUGUGCCCUGCCCUCCAGGGAAGUACUGCAGCUCUGCAGGCAUGUAUGGUCCUUGA